AUGUCUUUCUUCUUCAGAGCACUGCCCAGCAACCAGAAUCGGGGAGGAUCGGCCUAUAACGAUCCUGCUCCUCCCCCAGCGACGAGCGUGCCCUCUUGGGCCCUUUCCGGUUCCACUUCGCGGAAGAAGCGCCCACAGACCAAGAGAUCACCAGUCCUGAGGAAAGCCAGACAGGCGCCGGGAAAGAAGGUCCUGGCGAAGAGGAAACCUGCCAGGAGAUCAAAGGUCAAAGAACCCUCGCCUUCACCGUCUUCAUCUUCGAGCUCGAGCUCGAGCUCAAGUCCGACUCCGGAGCCGCGCUCACUGUCUACCUCCAAAUCUCCCGCUCCCAAGAGAAGAGCGUCUGGCAAAAGAACAGAAUCCUCUUUUUCUUUUUCCCCGGAAUUCGAUUCCGAUCCCGAAGAAGAAGAAGAAAAAGAAGAAGAAGAACAACAACUCGACCCAGACCUCCUCUCCCUCGAAGCCGCCCUCGCCGAAUCCACCCAAAUCCACUCCCUCCUCGCAGCCUCCGACCUCCUACACCAAGAACUCCAUCCAACCCUGCACACAGCCCUCCAACAAUGGGAAACCUACCUCGCCACCCUCACCCCGCUCCCUGCCUAUUCCGCCCUGACAUCCACGGAAAUCACACCUCGCGCCAAAAAAGCCGCCCUGCUGCAUCUCGUCGACACCCUGCCGGCGCGCCAUCGGGAGAUGGUGGCGGCGUAUAAGGAUAAAAAGGUGGAAGUUGUGAUUCUUGGGGAGACGGUGGAGAUGUUACGGGAAGGGUUGAAGAUGAUGGAGGAAGGCGGCGGCGGGGAGAAGGAGAUGAAAUUAGGAGGAUACUAUAAUCACAUGUUAUUCAAAGGGGUGAGAUUUCGGGAGGAAGCUCUGAUGGCGGAGAAGGAGAUCAGGUUCGUGCCGGUUUUUCUUUGUGUGUUUCCUUCUCUCUUUGGAAUUUUUGCUGACUUAUUCUUUUUGCGCCAUGUCUCAGGGCGUUGGAGGAAGCUCGUCUGGGAGAAUUGAAAGGCUUCAUGGGCAUGUACGAGGAAUUGAGUGUCCUGGAGGGUGAAGGGAGACUGGGACCGGAUGAAGUGCAGCUUUUGGUCGAUGUAAGUCGUUUCUACUACUGAGAUGGUGCGUAGCGUUCAGUGCUGAAUCUUGGUGCAGGCGAUGGAUCAUGCGGGUCUGAGUGCGGGCUCGGAGGCGAGGGAGGGGGGCGAAGAGAUUUGUCUGGAUUAG